AUGUCGACGUCGAUUCAUCUUUCAAGGUUCCGGAAAUGGCUGCUCGCUUCUCCGCCAAUCGAGUUUGCCAUAGGACACCUCCGGGAUUUGUUGGUAGGAGCCAUCCGACAGGGACCAGUUCCACAACAUGUCGCUUUUGUCAUGGAUGGCAACCGGAGAUUUGCCCGGACGCACGGGAUUGAGACUGUUGAAGGACAUAAUCUGGGGUUUGAGGCUUUGGCAAGGAUUCUGGAAGUCUGUUACAAGAGCGGUGUCAGAGUUGUUACGAUUUACGCCUUCAGCAUCGAAAACUUCAAGCGCUCAAAAUUCGAGGUGGAUGCUCUGAUGGAAUUGGCUAGGGUACAGUUGUCGCAAAUGGUUCAGCACGGGGAGAUCUUGGAUCGCUAUGGAGCGAAGGUCCGGGUAUUGGGUCGACUUGACCUCCUUAGGCCGGAUGUUCUCGCUGCAGUGAACCGAGCCGUGGAUAUGACAAGUGGCAACGGUAACUGCAUCCUGAACAUCUGCUUUCCGUAUACAUCGCGCGACGAGAUCACUUCGGCCGUUCGAGAAACCGUAGCCGAGUACAGCCAGCCUCUCCCGUCGUCUCGCCCUUCAACCACCUCCUCCAGGUCACCCUUCUCCGAGACUCACAUCACACAAAAUAUUCGAGCACAGGCCCAGGUUGUGAAAGGCGAAGAUGUCCCGAGCGACACGGAGACUGCGUCGGAGUCAUCAGCGGAGGGUGGAGCCCCGAAGCGCGAUCUACCGAACGGGGUCUACGAAAAUGAAUCUUCGUUUUCCUCCUCGUCGACUCUUCACCUCGCUGGGCAGUCAGAUACCACCACGAACGGGAAGGCUCCAGUAUCCGAACCUGCUCCCGGGAAAGAAAGCCCGGUCUUCAUGUCACCCGAAACGAUCACGCGUCAGACGUUAUCCGAUCACCUAUUCACUUACGAUAACCCCCCUCUAGAUCUGCUGGUCCGGACAUCCGGAGUGGAACGACUUAGUGAUUUCAUGCUCUGGCAAUGCCACGAGGAUACGGAGAUCGUCUUCCUGGACAUCCUGUGGCCGGACUUUGACCUGUGGCAAUUCAUGCCAGUGUUGUUAGGCUGGCAGCGCAGGAUCUCAAAGUCGAAGAAGAAUCCGGACGCCGAAGGGAACUUCGACGGCGAUACAUCCGACUCCAUUGAGGAGAGUAAUGGUAAGGUCAAAGACCUGUAG